AUGGGUGUCGACAAUAAUGAUAACGGAUUUGAGUGGUGGAGACGAACCAUGCAGUACAAGACUGGUUUAGGUCUGACGCCGGAGGAGAAAGGCCGAUAUGAGGAAGACUCUAAAGCUCGGGCACUGAAGAAGGAAUGUCUUCGAUGCUACGAGCAUCGAGAUUGGAUGCUUAAGUACUCCCCCACGGUCCGCUUUAUGGUGCAAGCACUCACAAAGCUGAAUAAGGGUAGUGAGAGCAAAUUCGAUGAGUCCAAGAUCAUUUGCGAUUACUGUCCCGAUUGGAAGAGUGGAGGGUUCCACCCUGAGCUAGGUAUCCUGUUGUGUCAGAACCGGCUGCGUGACAAGUGGCACUUGGAGGACACGCUUUCGCACGAGCUGGUCCAUUAUUUUGACGAUUUGAAAUGGCAGGUAGAUUGGUUGAAUUUGAAGCACCAUGCAUGUUCGGAGAUCAGGGCCUCUUCGUUGAGUGGGGAGUGCAGAUUUUGGGAGGAGUUCAAGAGAAGAGGGUUCAGCACCGGGUUCCACGUGGCAAGAGGCCAUCAAGACUGUGUGAAGAGAAGAGCUACAAUCAGUGUCUCAGGUAACCCCAACUGUGAAAGUAAGGAGCAUGCUGCGAAGAUCGUGGACGAAGUCUGGGAUAGUUGUUUUGCAGAUACGAGACCGUUUGAUGAGAUUUACAGGUGA